AUGGGAAUAGCUUGUGGUCUGAGCACCGGGGGCAGAAUUGACGCUCCGGAAUGGUGGUGGAAGCAGAAAAUUAAGGAGAACUCUCGGUAUGGAAAGUUCAAGGACAAUGACAACACGGAGAUCUACCAUAAAUAUAGCCGUCUGUUUGGAGGUAGUUGUGACUCCAUGAAAUACGCACUGACACCCAUGAAGCUGUCGCAACGUGGGUUUGACUUGGGGGCCAACUCCGACUCAGAUGAUUCGAACGACACGUUACCUAUCAAUGCCGAGACGACAGAUUCGAGCGACGGCCCAACUCCAGGAAGAGCGAGCUCCUCGAUGAAUAUCUCCCUACGUCGAAGCGACGAGAAACGUAAGGAAAAACAUGCGAAGGGGAAGCGUAAGAAGUUCGGGGCGAGGGAGGUUUCUGAGUCGGUGGACAACCUCGCUUGCGCAUCGAGGGAGAUGGCCUCUGCGAUCCACGCAAAAGAAGAGGGGCGUAUGACUCUCCACGAAUGCAUAGAUGAUUUGCUUUCGACUGGGCUUGUCGAAGCCGGGGAUGAGUUGCACAUGUUCGCGUUGUGGUUCCUACGAAACUUCGAAAAUCGUGUUGGGUACAGUGCUGCUAAAACGCCAGAGAUGCGCUACAAUUGGAUCGCGUAUUGUUUUGAACGUGACAAAAUGUCGGGUUCUGGGAGCCACUGA